GCAUUUCUGACGUCGUUUUCCCCCUUACAAGUCCGGCCUGCCAGCUUGUCCUGUUAAAAAUUACAACAAUCAACCUUAAUCACCUACAUACAUGUAUCCUUCCUAACCCAAGUUUACCUGACUAACAUUGGAUACAUACAAUCCGACAAUCCAACCUCUCCUAUUUUCGCCUCCCUUUCUUUUCUUUUCUUUUUUCCCUACGUGCCUACGUGUAGGUACAAUUCCCUACUUAUAUAAUAAGGCCUAAGUCGAAUAAGAUAGAAGGCUAUUCACUUUCCCUAUACUCUCUAUACGGACACAUUUUAAUAUUCGGUUCUGGCCAUGUAAUAAUAAUUCUCGGUUUAAAUCUUCCUAUAUAUACGCUACGGCGCACAAGUCGAACUCCGGGGAGUAAGUCCGAAAAUUCGACGGAAUUCCGUGUUACAGUACCGAUCGUUUCCGAUUCGACGAUCCUCGUGAGCGCACAUAUAUACAGGGUCAAGCUAGGAUGCCAUGUCCCUCUUAUAGCCACGUUGAAGCGAUACCGCCUUCUCUCGAAUCUACACCAUGACGCAUACCGUAGACCUUCUCCCAUCCGUUCCCUCGCUUCAAUCCUCCAACGUUAAAACCCUAUCGAAGGGUAAGCGACAACCGAACGUAGACCCCGUCUCCAGAGUUCUCGACGGACUCCUAUACCUCAAAGAUGGCCUUACACAUAAAGAGAGGGCGGAUAAAAGGAGGUUAGAGGAGCGAAAACAAAUUCUGUCCGCGCGGUUACAGAGUGCCGAAUCUUAUACGGAGUGGGAUGCAGCAGCGCAUGAAUUGGAUAUACUUGAGGGUAAUGAGGAAUGGAAGGCCGAUACUUCGACAGGAGACUACAAUCCUGACCUUCUAGAAAUGCGCCUACGAGAACUCGAUGAUGCCCGUACGAAUUGUGAUAUGCAAGCUAUGAUGCAUCUCGUCAGAACAGCUUUGUCGCGUGACCUGGGUGGCAUGGGCAAUAUUGAUCUCUACCGACACUCUUACUGCGGUACUAAGAAGUUGAUCGAGCGUUAUGUGGAUUCUACAUUACAAACUAUUACGGCUCUAGUUGAACAGAGCGCGCAUCACUUUCCGGAUGACUUGGGUCCGAAGGAUUUGUUGGAUGCGAUGCUUUAUGCUCGCCAGAGCUUUGGCCGAAGCGCUCUUUUACUGAGCGGUGGUGGUACCUUCGGCAUGACACAUAUCGGUGUUCUGAAGGCUAUGUUUGAGGCCAAGUUGCUUCCGCGUAUUAUCUCGGGUGCUUCAGCCGGUUCGAUCGUUUGUUCUGUUGUUUGCUCGAGGACAGACGACGAAAUUCCCCAGUUAAUGGAAGAGUUUCCACAUGGUGAUCUAGCUGUGUUCGAAGAGGAGGGCAACGAAGACGGCAUUCUAAAUCAUCUGCGGAGAUUACUCACUGAGGGUAAUUGGUCAGAUAUCAAACACUUAACUCGCGUGAUGCGCGAUUUGCUUGGUGAUAUUACGUUCCAAGAAGCAUAUAACCGGACCAGAAGGAUAUGCAACAUUUGUGUUUCCUCGGCAUCUAUAUACGAACUACCUCGGUUGUUGAACUACGUUACAGCGCCCAACGUCAUGAUAUGGUCCGCUGUCGCAGCAUCAUGUUCAGUCCCAUUGGUUUUCAGCGCUGCGCCGCUAUUAGUCAAGAAUCCUGUAACAGGCGAGCACAGUACUUGGAAUCCUACUCCGCAAAUGUGGAUUGAUGGUUCCGUCGAUAAUGAUCUCCCGAUGACGAGGCUUGCCGAAAUGUUCAACGUCAAUCAUUUCAUCGUUUCACAAGUUAAUCCUCAUGUUGUUCCUUUUCUCGCCAAGGAUGAUGCACCAUGUCCACCUGCCAGCGCACGCCACGAGUUUGUCUACAAGGAGGAAUCAGAUUGGUUGCGUACUAUUACGUCCUUAGCAAAAAGCGAGGCUUUACACAGGAUGCAAUUUAUGGCUGAGAUUGGUAUCUUCCCGACGCUUGUCAGCAAAUUACGGUCAAUCCUAAGCCAGAAAUACUCCGGCGAUAUCAAUAUUCUUCCAGCUAUGGGAGUCUGGGAUUUACCAAAGGUGCUGAAAAAUCCAACAACAGAAUUUAUGUUGCGAUCAUGUCUAUUAGGCGAGCGCGCAACUUGGCCGAAAUUAUCUCGCAUACGCGAUCGUUGCGCUAUUGAAUUAGCGCUUGACCGUGCUGUCCAUGCUUUGCGAGCCCGUGUUGUAUUUAGUAAGAGCCAAGUCGAUUUACGAAGGAUGGCAACAAGUUCGCUUGCGAGAACAAUUAGAGAUGGUCAUGAAGCAGCAGCGCUAAAUUUAGCCCACACGAUAUCCCCUUCAACGAGGGAUAAGUUAAAACAUCGUCACCGACGGUCGAGUGGAAGCAAUCUGCUUAAUCCACACCAUCACAGCUUGAUCAAUGACAACCCUUAUAAAAUAACGGACGACGAUACAGAUGAAGAGGAACGCCUUGAGAUGACGAUGCGACAUCCUCGUGCUAAACCAAAGAUCAAACUCAAGAAAUUUUCAAGAGGUCAUAUAUUACAAACAGGGCCUAAAACCAGUCCUGUUGUGUCUUCCACGGAACCAGACUCAUUUGAUUUUUCUCAGCCAAUAACUCCCACCGGCAAUAGAAAUUCCAAUGGAUCGACUCCGAAGAAAUCCGCGCUUUCGACGAUAUUCACCGCGCAUCUGGACAAUAAUAUUGCUGAGACGGCUUCUAUGACUUCGCCGCAAGAAAAUUCUCAGCAGGAUGUUGAGCUUGAAACUAGCGACUUGCAUACUUCGGAUGCCGAUAUUGAAAGCCAUACAGACGAGGAUGCGAUACGGUCGAUGCAUAGGCCACUCAGCUCACGUAGUAACAUUCCAACGGCGAAUUAUGGUUAAGUCCAACCGAUAGAAAGUCGGACGCCUCAAUCAAGUUUACCUGCGGCAUAGAAAUACAAGACAGAGUGGUCCUCAGCAUGGUGUAAGACCUCGGUUUGGAACCGCAUAGGAGCAUCAAGUCCCCAGUAGAUAGAGGGGCCCAUUCUAAACAAUAGAAGCUAGGGAACAUGAUAUAAAGCAAGCAUAGCUGAUAGCAGGAGUCGGUCACACAACAUUCAUACAGAGGACAUAGCAACACUUGUUUAAGUAGGUGGUGAGCUCGAGACAAGUGUUGACGCAUUAGACCAUUCAUCAUUGCAUUAGACAAGUGCAUGGGGAAGGAAUUAAAUGUACAUAUAUCAUACCAUAUU